GAUUUCAUCAUUGCUUAGUUAAUUUUAAGCCAGCCCGUAAUGCUAUGCAUAGUAUAAGUGGCUUUGGCAUGCUGCUCUUAUCUGUAUUUUUUUUGUACCUCUGUAUGUAUGCUCAAAUUGUUAAUUAAAUAAAUAAAUAAAUCUGCCUUGCUGACUUUACUCUUUAUAAAGCGUCAGCUCUGGUGGCCCUAAAUAACCCCAACGACGACGCCCUAACCAAUGAAAGAAAAGGAAGUUAAUGAUUCAUGGGGUAAACGCAAUAAGUGGUGAAUGAGGCUGUUGUCAAAAUCAAAUAUCAGUACAAAUUCAAUCUAGGAUAACUCAAUUAAGUUGGUGUUAAACUACUCACAUUGGUAGUGCUUGGCUCUCAUCCCAGAGGACUCCAGGUGAGGUCAAAUCCUGGAUGAAACAAGACUGAACGAUGGAUCACACUGGUCUAUGAGUUUUAGGACUUGCCUGCCAUGGGUUCAAGCUUCACCUGUUCUGUGAGUGGGCAGUCAAAAUUUUGCUGAGGAUUGUUUCAGAAGUGUUCUGGUCAACACUGGGAACCUGGUCCUCAGUGUGUGUGCUAUUCUAGCGAGUAGCAGCAACUGGAGACAAGGUGGAAGCGGAGAAAUGUUGAAGAACUGAAGUAAGGCUUAAAACUGCAGUGUAUUCUUGUCAUCUCUUAACUUCGAUGAGUGAUAUAAAGAGUACACAUGUAUCACAGUCAUAAUGGCAACUAGUAGUAUGUAUCUGGCUGCCAAGAAUGGGGAACUUGAUGAAGUGAGACAAUAUUUACAAGCUGGAAAUGACAUAAAUGCAGCAGAUGGGGAUGGUUACACCUUGCUGUCUAGUGCAUGUGUGGGAGGACAGCUAGCACUGGUGCGUUAUUUGCACCAACAGCCGUAUCUCCAUCGCAAUACUCGAGAUUGGGCUGGCGACACACCAUUAAUGCAUGCUGCUAUGAUGGGCCACACUGAUGUGGUGUAUGAACUGAUGACAACACCUCAUCCAUGUCGCUUAAAUGUGAAAUCUGUGAACGACUAUAAUGAAAGUGCACUAACCUUGGCAAUUUCAAAUGAAUAUACGGAGGUGUCAAACAUCAUAAAGAGUGUACAGCUGCCACAGAUGCCAGCACCUGAAAAAUUUGCAGAGAAAAAAUCACUUGUCAAAGCUAAAGGAUACCUUGAUGUAAAGUUUGAAUGUCAGGUUUGUCUUGAAUGCUACAACAAUAACGAAAGGCGCCCACGUUCCCUGAGCUGUGGUCAUACCUUCUGCACAAAAUGCAUUAAUGAAACUCUGAUAAGAGGCUCCCUGAGAUGUCCAUUUUGCCGCAGUGAACACACACCUACAGUAACAGUGGCUUCUGAUGUCCCAGUGAAUUUCAUCGUUGAUAGUAUAAUACAAGAACAGUUGCUAUAACACUGUAUUUAUAGGAUUUUU